CAACACGCAGAGAGAAGGGCGCUGCUGCCUGCUUCCCCCCCUCCGUUUUCUCCGGAGUGGUCUCGCCCGGGCCGGGCCGGGGAGCGGGGCGCACACGUGGGCCGUGCCGUGCCGUGCUACGCAGGAUGCCGUGCUGGUGAUGGCUCUGUGGGCUCGGCACGCCGCCCGCUGGGCUUGCCUGCUGAGCACGGCCCGUGCUGCUGAGCUCCCUCGGGGGCUCCGGGGCGGUGGCUGCCCCGCUCGGGAGUGUGCCCGUCGGGCUGUGCUGCCCGCUGGGAAGGAGGCGGCUCUGUGCCGACUGCAGGCCUGCAGGCCAGUGUCCCUAGGGAGCUGUUCCCCGCCCGACGGCGCCGAGGAUGGAUCCUGCUCCUCUCCGGAAAGUAACUUGCCUGCAGUACAACAGGAACGAGCAAAAGCAGAAAUAUUACCUGAUCUGAAUGCAAAAAUACUGGACAAAGACUGGGAUGACAUCCCACCUUCAUCUGCUUUGGAAGUGAUUUCUGAAGAAGAAGCUGUACAGAUCAUUGCAGAACCACUUCUCCCCAUUCAGUCUUCCACGCUCCGAGAUUAUGUUGAUCACUCAGAAACCCUUGCGAAACUUGUCCACCUAGGAGUUGACUUAUCCCAAGUGGAGAAACGUCAAAAGGCAGGUCAGCUCUUACUGACCUUGGACUUUGAAAAAGAUGUAAAAAAAAUACUUCUGUUUCUUAAGGAUGUGGGUGUAGAAGACAAUCAGCUGGGACCAUUCCUGACCAAAAAUCCAUACAUCCUUGGUGAAGAUCUGGAAGCUUUAGAAACCAGAGUGGCUUACCUAAAAUCAAAAAAAUUUGGUAAGUCGGAAAUUGCUCAGAUGGUCUCAAGAGCUCCGUAUUUGCUGUUGUUUUCAGUGGAAAGACUGGAUAACAGACUGGGUUUCUUCAAAAAUGAACUUGGUCUCAGUGUAAAAAAGACAAAGGAUCUGGUAAUUCGUCUUCCAAGGCUACUAACUGGCAAAAUAGAGCCUGUAAAAGAAAAUCUUCAGGUUUGUCAAAUUGAACUUGGUUUUCAACGUGAUGAAAUUCAACAGAUAGUGUGUAAAACUCCCAAGAUUUUAACUGCAAGUAAAAAGAGACUCAAACAGACAUUUGACUACUUACACAACAUAAUGGGCAUUCCCCACCACAUGCUUACUCGCUUUCCUCAGGUUUUCAACUCAAAGCUACUGCGAAUCAGAGAGAGGCAUAUGUUUCUUGCAUUCCUGGGAAGAGCCCAGUAUGACCCAGCAGAGCCCAGCUACAUCUCCCUGGAUCAGCUGGUAUCCUUGCCUGAUGAGGUGUUUUGUACAGAGAUUGCCAAAGCGUCUAUGCAGGACUUUGAAAAUUUCUUAAAAACGCUUUGAUUAGUAAUACAUGUAAAAAAUUAUAGAAUUGAGUUGAAAAAUAAACAUACUUUAUAAAACUAC